AGUAGGUAGCAGGAUUAUUGCAUGCAAACUAAUUUUUUGACAUGCGUUUCCUUCAAAGAACAUUAAAGGUCCUUUUAACAGCAAGUAAAGGCACUUUGCCUGCCUCUGCAGAUGCCACUCCUAUCCCACUCAGGUGGUCAACCUUGAAAGUCCUGAAGAGGUACUCAGUCUUCCCAGCCCACUGGCCACAGCCAGUCUAUCGGCCAGAAGAGCAAGAAAAGCUGACAGGAACUGGAGAAAUAGAGGAACUUUCUUUCAUUCCUGUCAGACCGGCAAGGAGUACAGAUACCAGUUCGGUCUUCCAUGAUCCUCGGGUCAACAUUCAAUCCAAUCCACAGGCAUUCAAAGAAGUGAAGCGAAUACAGUUAGAGAAGUACCACAAGGCAAGUGAGGAGGAGAAGCGUGGCAUUGAACUGAACCCUCAACGAAUUUUCCAUGGAGCAAUUGACAAUUGCAAACCCAUUCUUGCACUCAUUCCUCUCAAACGAGGAGGAGUCACUUACCAGGUUCCUCUUGGAGUGACUGAGAAGAAAUCUGAAUGGAUGGCAUGCAAAUGGCUCAUCUUGGCUGCAAGAGACAAACACCGUCGUGUACAUUUCCCCCAGCAGCUAGCUACAGAGCUCAUAGAUGCCUUUCACAGUGAGGGAAGAGUGGUGAAAAGAAAGCAGGAGUUGCAUCGCCAGGCCGAAGCCAAUCGUGCUUAUGCCCAUUAUCGGUGGAGGUGAUGACAGUUAUCUGUGAUGUUCAUUAUUUCCUCCAGGUGCACACUGUUGUCAAAGAAUAAAAAUGGC